UGUGAAAACUUUCCAUGUAAAAAUGGUGGAAGCUGUCGAUCAUUGUAUAAGGAAAACAGCUAUGUAUGCCACUGUAGUGAAGGUUUCUCAGGAAAUCAUUGUGAUAGAGAAGGUAAAAAAGAUAAUAACUUUCUUGAUCUUCCAUGAAUUCUAUCAAGAGCUUCAAAACCUUUGUUCAUUGUACAAUCGCUAUUGCCGUCCUUGACAGCUUUGUGUUCCAAAGGGACCACUCAUACCAGUUGCAGUAGGCUGGAGGACAAAUUUCGCUUCGGGAUACUUGAGUCUCUUUGCAAAUCUCUGUACCCGUCAGACAGUUUGAUAUGUCGGAGUUAGGUGAUGAAUCCGGUGGGUUUUGAUUCUCAGUUACUGAAUAAGGUGCGCGGGAGCACUUUACUACUCAAUUUUGGCGCGAAAUUUCAGCGUUGGUAAAUUUUAUAAUAUUUAUAAGGAGCUCCAUGGGUAAUAAAAUUUGGUCAUCUAUGCAUCCAAGAGAGUUGUAAUUACAUGACCUUAAGUCCGUCCACCCGUCCGUCCGCUGCACCACAGGGAAGUGCUCUUUUUCAAUUGACAGCUGCCUGAAAAAGGGUGUCCAUUUACCAGUAUCAAAUGACCGUAUCACCAGUUCGGGAGUAUGCCAGUUUUGGAAGAAGCGAAAACAAUGGUUACGUCACCAACCAUACCAUGAUCACCAUGGCGAUGAUCAUUUUCAAAACAUACAAAAUGGCGGAAAAGGGAGAGGAGAGGAAAGAGUAUUGACCAAAAUUCUCGUUUAUUCUUGUUUUAUUGAGCCUUUUAUUUGUCUUUUCAUUACUAUGAAUUGGGAAGUACCUUGAGGACAGGGAGUAACCAUUCUUGCGCUAUAGUUCUUCGCUUAUCGCGCGCUUAGUAGGCACUGCGUACUCACUGCGUAUGUAAUCAGUCAGUACAUGUGCCUAUUUAUUUCAUUAUUUUUUUUAUAUCAUAAGAAAAAAAGAAUGCUUUGGAAACAACUAAAAAGUGAGUUGUUCUAUAAUUCAUUUCCUUAUGUUUGCUUUCACAGUAAGUGUUAAUGUAUUUUUUCCCGUUGCUUCUGUUUCUCUCCCGCGAGUGAGCGACUGGCCGGAGACGACGGCUUUAAUUCAGGUUAUUGUUUUCAUGCAAGCGAGUCAUUUGUGAGUAAAAUAUCUGUUUUUUCGAAUAUGAUGUUCUGUUGGUUUAUGUCUUGAAGCGGUUCCGUCCAGGUAUACAACAGGUUUACAAGGGAUUUCUGAGGGUAUUGUGCCCGCGUUUUCUUCUUGAAAACCCACAGAGUGAAAAUCUUUCUUAUCAUCCCUGAUCAUUUUUUUUUGUCCCGCUUCAAAAAAACUUAUUGCUUUCAAUUAUUCCACUUUCUGAAGUUCACUGAUUAUUUGGUCAAGCUUACCAAAUGCAAGAGGCUCUUUAGAAUUUAAUAUACAUAUUGGAAAAAUAAGAAUUAUGUUUGUUACAUGCUUUUGGAUCUAUUGAUUAAAACGGGAUACUACAGUCUUGUAGUCCACCGGAUUUGACCAGAGGUCAGAGAUCAACAAGGUUAUGGUUUGUUAAAAAAUAUCCUCUUGUAUGGGAUGUGAUGUUACAUCCGAAUAAUGCUAAAUUAUUGUUUUUAACUCUGGGGUUGCCUCCAAACCAAAGGCAUUGUAACUUUGAGGAGCACUUUUCUCCAAGUCUUCUCUGUGGGGACCCUGAAACAAUUCUAUUAGACAAGAUUUGGCCCAAAAUAAUAAUGAUUACUGCACUUGGUAUGGACACAACAUGAGUUUUCCAAAGUUCUUUUUCAUAGCCGGUUCUUCAUGUUUCUAUUGAACAGCACUUUCAAGAAAACAUAGCUCACACAUAAGAGUAAAGAUACAAUAAAAGUUAUUUAUUGUUAAAUUUUGUUUUUUGUAAAUAAACAUUUUAUUUUAGGUCCUGACAGUUAAUUCUUUCCGUAUUACUGCUUUUGAUUUUUAUGUAUCAUUUUCAAUGAGUCGUAUCUGACCUGCAUGACUUGCUGCCAUGGCUCGCUGGCUCGCAUAUUAUACACGCUCUUUUAUCUCAAAAUCUUGUUUUUUAAACACCUUCUUGGACAUGAAAACCAAAAACGAAAACUUAAUUGAUAUAAUGAAGACAGUAGCAGCUGACAUUGAUUUACAACAGUUAUCUUGUGAGAUGUCUCUCAUGUAUUAUUUAUUAGGGAGGAUGAUUUGUUGAAGACGAUGCAUUAACAUAGAUGCUUUUUCAUCAAAAGAAUCUCAAUAAUUUAGGAUUUAUUCAAAUACACACAUAUUCCAUAUUAUGACAUCAAAUGUGGGCUUAUUGCUCAUGCACAAGGAUUGAUGGGGGAGAGUGUGGCAUUUUUCAUGUUUCAGAUUGACCUUUUGCACAGCACAGGGACUGAACAUAUUAUGUAUUUGGCAUCUGUAAAGUAUAAACAAUAUUUGACGCGAGGGAUUGAACAUUAUGUAGAGAAAAUCUUCACAAGCCUCCACGUCCAUGACUCCUUCCUCAUCUAUCUCCUUUAAAGCCCCUUGAAUAAGGGCCACAGUCUCUUCUAUGGUUGAAUGGUCAUUGAGUGUGAGCUUCCACUUACAAGGUAUAUAAGCCCCCCCUCCAACCUGUUUCCCUCUUACCCAUUUUUGAAAGGGUCAAAGGAGGGGCUUUUGUGGUGGGUAAGCCUGUGACCACACUACAAAGAAACAAAAAAAACAUGUUUAAUUUUAUUGAGGUAGGGUUGAGUUUGGACAUUACAUUUUUCAUUACAGUGGAACACAAGGCGAACCUAAAGCAAUAUUUUGCCCUCAGAGCACAAAUAUGUCUUUCUGAAGAUAUUUAGCAUUUUGUCUUCCUGGUUCCUUUUCCCAGCUUUUUGGCACAAACGCGGCAACAUGUUUGUAAUAUCUCCAGAUGUUUGUCUACAUUUUUGACGGAAAUCCUGAUCAAAACAAAAGAAAUCAAUAUAAGAACCUACUCACACUGAUUUAAAACUCAUUCCACACCCAUGAUCUGGAUCAAUAAAGUGAUUUCUAGAUGAGAGUCGCAUACAUUGCCGGUGAACACGACCAAAAACAGAUCUGAUAGAUUAUAACUAAAACUACAUAGACAGACUAAGGCAUAACCAUCAAUAUCAGUAACCCUUCCUGUCCGUUGGCAAUUUUCAAUGUGUGGUUGCCAUUUUUACUAGGUUGUUGCCAUCGAUGAAACUUUGCCUGAACACACUUUACACGUUGUAGUUCUGAGGAAAAUUAGUCUUGAUUUCGUAAAAAUUCGGCAAGAUACUGAAAACUAAACAUAAAGUCAUGUACAUAGAUUCGAUGCCCGUCAAGAUGGCGGCGGCGGCGUCGAAGGCCAUUUGAAAACUGUCGCUUUUAACUACCGAAACGUGGCAGGAAACUUCCCUUGACAUUCAAAAAGCAAGGAGAAGGCUUCUUCAUCGGUACUGCUAGCUCGGAAGUCCCGGAUAUUGAACGAGGAGACCUGGAACAGGCUUUGAAAAAAGCUCCCUUGUUUCUUGCGAUUAUUUUUUCCUAUUUUUGCGUGUUUUUAGCAGAACAAUGGAAUCAUGACGUCACCGCUUCUUCCAAAACUGGCAUACUCCCGAACUGAUCACGGUCUCAGAUGUCAACUAAUCUAGGUCACAUUUUUACAUUCACAUUCACACCCGCUGUUAAUAAAUCACUGGCUCAAGUCAGCUUUUUUUUUUUUGACAAGGUCAUCAGAUUAGAGCGCUUAAAAGCACCGGUUUUUAAAAUUUGUAUACUGAACAAAAGGUACAGUGUUGUUCUUAAAGAACUGUUUUGAAAACUUAAAAAGUUUUAAAGUUAAAAGUGAAAUGCCUUUUUCCAAGCAGCAAAGUUGAUUGAAGAAGACUGCUCCGUACGCUAUAUGCGUAUGUUAUGACGAACAUGAAUGAAUGGUACUUAGGAGCUAUGUUUCUGUUGAUCAUUUUGGCACGAGGAAAAAGGAAAAAGCCGUGAGUUGUCUACCGACCCCCUUUUUACACUCUAAUGGUUUAAAAUUAUAGAACUCGAGAAAAUAGCCGAUGACUUCAAGUCUAUGCGUGAACGAAAAAACAAAAAAAAAAUUAAAAAUGAACGGAACGAAUGUAAGAAUAUACGCAAAAAUAUUGCUCGAUGGACGCCAUCAUUUCAAAGUUAUAUUGUAUCACCCUCAUCAGUUCACUAUUCACUAUGUGGCAUUUAACAUCAAAAAACUUUUACAAUAGCUUGAAAUUCCAUAGAGAUUCUAAUCUAUUACCCUUUUUAUACGCUAAUGGCAUAUUUAUUUUCUUGUGCGUCCGGGGUUAAAAAAGCUCAAGCUCUGCGAAAUUUCGUCGUUAAAGAGAGCUACCACACAGCGAUGUUAAUUUUUGGCCAGAUUUUUGUGUUUGAUGUCGUUAUCGUCCUUUUUGUCCACAGGAGGAUUACAGAAGUCUUUUUCGUCUUUUACAUGUAGUUUAAAUUUGGUCACGGCCUGAUGUGUAUUCGAUGAACUUAGAAGUUGUGAGUCAUAAUAACGUCGUGAUUUGGAUUCUUAUCCUGUUUGUAUUGGCUGUCAUGGUAUAAUAACUCACAGUACAUAAAGUCUUACGUUUCCUGUUUUUAUCUCACCUAUUGUAUGGAAUAUGUGUAAAAGUUUUCAAUAUGAACCGGUAUAGUUUAAAGAACUACACUAAGACUGAAAAUACAAUUGAUCGACAACAUACAGAUCGGGGGCGCCAGUUUCCCUUUCGUAAACGGCCUUUGCCAUUUUUAACGGGCGGUGCCACCAUCUGGAUUUCGUACGGGUAGAUCUACACUACCGCAAAUUUUAACUCUGCGUAGGCUCAUAGAGGGAAUAAAAGGAAAACAGCUACCUGCAAUAUUGACUUUCGUAGACUUCAGUAAAGCCUUUGAUUGAAGGCAUAUGGAAUUCCAACAAAGAUAGUGGAUGCCAUCAGCAUACUCUACAAGGACCGAAGCCCAGGUGAUAACUCCUGAUGGUAAUACGGAAUUCUUUGAAAUUCUUGCGGGAGUUCUGCAAGGAGACACACUCGCACCUUUCCUAUUUAUCAUAGUCCUGCAUUAUCCCCUUAGAGAAGCUACUAGAGAAACAAUACGAUAAGGAUAUGAAAGGUGUCGGUUCAAGGUCCUGGAUCGACCUUUCGUUGCUAUUUUCAUUCUUUUCAAUAGAAACACUCUCAAUAACAGGUCAAAAAAUUUCUAAGUCUCUUAAAAAAGGCAGUGACCGUUUACGAAAAGGGACAACUGCACCGGGAACGUCCUCGGAGACCCAGGGGCAGUCAGUCGGGUCGGGAGAAAAGGCAGGACGAAAGUUUUCAAGUACGGGCGAAAGAGCCCCUGGGUACCGACUCUCACCGAACUAUUUCCAAAAUUCCAGCAGAUGCCGGUUCCUGAUCGCCUGGGCACAAAAAAUGCUUUGUAUUAUUGUGCCCAAUCGGUGAACAGUUCCUCCUGAGUUCUUUUCGUGAGUUCGUGCACGACGGCUAUUGUCUCGAUCACGGCUUGUCUGGCUCAUGCACAGGCGGCCCAGACGUAGUAUGUGUCACUGAAUGAAUAUAUUAAUAUUCACAUGGACAAAUAAAUGCGAUGAGUCGUCGAAACUCCCAUGGACUAAAAUAGUCCAAAAGUCAAAAUAUAACAAAACAAAGCUAAGAUACCUUCAACUGAACGUAUCCUUGUCUUUCCUGGCCGGUUUAAGUGGCAUUUUUUUGAGUUCUACAAUUGUAGGUACUAUCCACUAAAGAAGAAUUAAAGGCUGGCUACAAAACAAACGAACCAUCUCCACGCGCCUUCACACGAAGCGCUAUAAAUUCGAGAAUAAUCGACGAAUCCGCUCCAAAUAACCAUCGGCUAAUCUGCAGGUAACGUGUGCUCCUGCCUCUGGCUCGCUUGCUCCACAAAACCCAUCGCAACUACGCAAUAAUUGUUCGCUCAUCAACAACCACUGUUGACCUUUACGCUUCGAUAUGACAGCAAACGACCAGGUUUAAUACGCGACGUGAAUAUUCAAGCUUAGCGACCGCGUUCGCGCAACAAUGCAGCACUUGCUAUGGGAGGGAUGGUACUACUGCUUCUAGGUCAAUCGACUGACCUAAGGCUCGCUGCGUUAGUUUUGACCAGAAAACAAAACGCGAUCGCGGGACCGUCCGUAAGUUUUCAACAGGGCAGCCCUGGUUUUCAAGUUCGAAUUCUUCUAACGUUCGCUGUCUCAGCUGCUGUCACAUUGUUUGUCCAGCCGCUUGCAUAGGUUCUUGACUCUACCAGACUUAUUUGCUUAGAUUAACGACGUCUUACUCCAUAAUAUGUUGUCCAAACUGGUGAAGGAGGACGAGAAUUUUCCGCCCAAGGAAAAAGGCAAAAUCUGGCCCCCGCUAUGCAGCUGAAUCAGAAGAUACAGCUGAAGAUGUCGUAAAGUAAAAUUUAUGUGCGCGAUAUCUUUUAUUAUUAUUAUUAUUAUUAUUAUUAUUAUUAUUAUUAUUAUUAUUAUUAUUAUUAUUAUUAUUAUUAUUAUUCUCAAAACUCAGGGGCAGCCAACGAUGGUUUCCCCCUAAAUGCAUUGAAAACACAUUUAAGGCUGUCCAGAGUACUUUUGAUCGAAAAAUGCAUUCUAAACAGCGCUUACAUAAAUUUAGUCAGGAGGGCUAAAAUCGAAGCUAAUGAUUUAUAGUUUGCUCAUACUAAAUAUAAAAUAUAUCGUGUAAUGCUAAGCGGAGAAGGCAACGAGACAGGGCCACCCAACGACUGUUUCCUCAAAUACUUUCAAUUGAAAACACUUUUGUAGCUAUUCAUAAAGUACUUUUAGCUCUAUAGAAAUGCAUUCUAAGUGGCGCUAUAAAAUUUGCAACUCCGUGUUCGGGAGUUUCGACGACUCAUCGCAUUAAUUUGUCCAUGUGAAUAUUAAUAUAUUCAUUCAGUGACACAUACUACGUCUGGGCCGCCUGUGGCUCAUGCACCGAAGAAAUGCACGCCGUCAGGAAACUUUCAGUUUGAUAUAAAAUCCCCAUCAGAUUUCAAAAUAUUAUCUGCCCGAAAACUAAAGACGCUUUUCCAAAAAUACAAGCUUGAGCUUACAACAGGUAUUCACGCUUGCAUCGGUCACGCGUCUUGGGUAAAUACUAGGGAGUUUUUAAAAGACACCACGAUGGCUGAUAGCCACGAAAACGUCGCAUGGAAAAGUGAAUUCACAUUUUUUCAGUCUCUAUCGUGAUUAUUCCAACUCUCUUACUUUCUCAAAUGCAAGCGCUGACUCUUCUGGAGCUGAAUUUCUAUAUUAACCACAUCCUGCAAGUUCAUGAAGACAAUGAAUUUUGUCAUUGCUUGUUUACGUCCUUCAAAAAACGUGAAAUUAGUCAUUUUCUCGAGUAGUCGUGCAGUUGACGGCAAAGAAAAGUACAAAAAAGCGUGAUGCACGUGCAAAGUUGUUGUUUUGCCUUGUGAAGCUAUUGCUAAUUUGACUUUCUCGUCGCCGCUGCAUCUUGAAGUUCCUAUUGUUUACGAUACAUUGUGAUCCGUCAAAAACAGAAUAUUCUUGGGGCAAAUUAAAUUGCUCCUGCUGAGAGCAUCCCCACGUUCCUUCUUUUCAUGUUAGGAAAGUAGGAAAUAAAAGCUUUCGUCGCACGCACAAGCUUGGUGAACCAACCGGGCAAGUGUGGCGAGACAAUAGCCGUCGUGUACGAACUCACGAAAAGAACUCAGGAGAAACUGUCCGCCAAUUGGGCACAAUAAUACAAAGCAUUUUUUGUGCCCAAUCAGGAGGCGGCAUCCGCUUGAAUUUUUGGAAAUAGUUCGGUGAGAGUCGGUACCCAGGGGCUCUUUUGCCCGUACUUGAAAACCUUCGUCCCGCCUUUUCUCCCGACCCGACUGACUGCCCCUGGGUCUCCGAGGAAGCACCGGGAGCAGCUAUAGGAUCACUUAUUAUUACUAUCCUUAUUUUUUGACUGUCAUGGUAAGUCUCAUUAUUUUCGUAACCUGUGUGAACUCUUUUCAGAGACAUUCGUAAAUUUUGUAGCUCAAAAAAUGUUUAAAAAAUGGUUCCAAUCUAGUUUGAUUUUAAAGCCCCGUGCAAACGGACGCAACAUAUGUUGGAGAACAACUCCCAACAUUGUUGGAUGUUACAUGUUACGUUCGUUUGAAUAACCUGUUACAUUUUGUUGCUUGUUGUUGGGAGGUGACGCGCAAAGUUUGAAACCGGUCAAACUCUUAGCCACAUGCAAAUGGACGCAAAAACUCGAAACAUCAGAUUGGGCCGACAACUUCGAAUAUCUUAAGAUAGCUGUGAGUAAUUAAUAAAGCGGGUCAUACUAGAUCUUGUAGAUGGUAAAUGGAAAUGGAUAUUUUAAAGUCGAAAACAUAUCAACUUGAAUUUUAUUCUAAAACACAACAGAGGCAGUAAAAUUAAUUUAUCAGACCCUUCUCUGAGUGCGUAUCCUCGGCGUUGAAUAGCCAGUCAGAGCAAAGACCAACAGGCUACUUUUAAUCGUUCGACAGAGAUCUAGAGAUUAGAGAUCUAAAUAUCUGAAUUGAAUCGAAGCAUUCCAAGAACAAGAUGGCAGUAUUUUUCUUUGCGCGGAGGUAAUAUUAUGAAAAAAUAAAUGUCCUUUUAAAGGGCACUAAAGAAAACAUUAAUUUUUGCUGGUCAUAUUUUAUAGGAUCAUGCCUCCCUGUAGAGGUCGAGGACAGAAGCGCGAUACUCGAUGCUAGAAUAACUGCAAGUUCUUAUUUUGGGUUUGGCGGCUCAAAUCCAUACUAUCCAUAUUUUGGGCGGUUAAAUGAAAACAGAGGAAGAGGUGGUUGGUGUCCCAAGACUUCCUCAAUUUCUGAGUAUCUUCAAAUUGAUAUGGGCAGAGACCGUUUCGUUUGUGGAGUGGCAACCCAACAAGCCAAAGAAAAUCAGUUGACUACUAGUUAUAAGAUACGUUUUUCAUCGAAUGGUACAACUUGGAAAACCUACAAAGAGAAUAAAUCUGAAAAGGUAAACAUAGUGCAAAAUAAAAAGUAA